GAUCGACAACGCACGUUACCCAUACAGGCAAAGGUAAAACCAUAGAUACUACCGGCGACUGCUCGAUCUUCAGGUUUUUAUGCAACACCCGAUGAUUUUGUUCGACACAUAAAGUUUGCUCUGCGAAGCGGUUAAAACGGAGACCUCCCGUUCCUACCUCCUACCUCGACAAGUGGCGAGGACGAACAAGACAACAUGACAGGAACUACAACGGAGAGGACUGGCGCCGUGUUGCCUGCGCCAGAUGGCAAUGGGCCGGCUGUUCCUAAUGACCACAACUAUAUACAAAAGUAUGCGUAUGAGCGGGAGAAGCGGUUAGGCAAAGGUGGCAUGGCCCAGUACAUUGAUUCAAGAUCAACAGAGCUGAAAAAGUUGCUUGAGGAUCCAUGGAUUGACACUGGCACACCCAUUCAGCAAGUCGUUCCAGAUGGCGGGCAUUGCAAGAUAUUGAUAGUUGGGGCUGGAUACGGCGGCAUCCUCUUCGCUGUUGAAUUAAUCAAGAAAGGCUUCACCACAGAAGACAUCGUGAUUGUCGACCCGGCCGGCGGAUUUGGAGGCACCUGGUAUUGGAAUCGAUAUCCGGGCUUAAUGUGCGACGUCGAAUCAUACAUCUACAUGCCGAUACUCGAAGAAAUGGGAUACAUGCCCAAACAUAAAUAUGCCAGUGGCGAGGAGCUCCGUACCUAUGCUGAGAGUAUAGCCGAGAAGUACAAUCUUUCACGCACAGCAAUGUUCCAAUCGACUGUUCAGAAAGCUGCCUGGGACCAGGAACGCAAUCAAUGGAAACUGGAAAUUACACAAACUCCCAAGGGUGGCUCGGAGUCCAGGAUCCGAAUCAAUUCAGACUUCAUCAUCCUGGCAAAUGGGUUGUUAAACAAUGCGAAGAUUCCAAAUAUGGCUGGUGCUAGUGACUUUCGUGGUCAGACGUUCCACACUGCUCGCUGGAACUACGAAGUUACAGGUGGUUCCUCAGCAUCGCCAGAAAUGGACAAACUCCAGGAUAAGAGAGUGGCGAUCAUUGGAACUGGUGCCACCGCCGUACAAGUCGUGCCUCAGCUCGCAAAGUGGUCCAAGAAGUUGUAUGUGUUCCAACGCACACCCUCUGCAGUUGACGUCCGGAACAAUCGAGAGACAGACCCCGUGGAAUGGAAGACCAAAAUUGCAAACACUCCCGGAUGGCAACGUGAUCGAAACCUAAACUAUUGCAGCUUCGUUGGCAACACCAACCCUAAGCCGGAGGUGGAUCUCGUGGACGAUGGAUGGACACAUGCUCCAUCGUUCAGCGCGUUGAUCGGCGGCCCCUCGUACGAUGUGAAUAUGACCAACGUAGGCGAGCAUGUGGCAAUGCUGAACGCUUUGGAUGCCCCGCGAGCUGCCAAGGUCCGAGACCGAGCUGCGCAGGUCGUGCGAGAUACGGAGACUGCACAGAAACUCCAAGCGUGGUACCCGACCUGGUGCAAGCGUCCCUGCUUUCACGACGACUACCUGCCUAGCUUCAAUCGGGACAAUGUAGAACUGGUAGAUACAGAUGGCCGUGGAGUGAAUCGAAUCACGCAGAAUGGAGUAGAAUUCGAUGGCAAAGAAUACGAAGUGGACAUACUAAUAUGGAGUACUGGCUUCACAUCUCCAGGCGCUGGUACUGCUGCCUCUCGUGCUGGAAUUGAGUUGUCGGGCCAAGAUGGAAGAUCUCUUGAUGACCUUGCUCAAAGUGGCAUGUCCACGCUGCAUGGCAUAACGAGUAGAGAAUUUCCAAAUCUCUUCUGGCCCGGCCCACAACAAUCAGGCGUCUCCCCCAACCAGAUGUUUGUGCUCGAAACCAUGAGCGCUCACAUUGCAUACAUCAUUUCGGAGGCUAGCAAGCGAACGUCAGGUUCUCCGAUUAUCCAGCCUACGAAAGAGGCUCAGGAGGCUUGGGCGAUGAAAUGUCUGGCUGGGGCUGCAACAUUUGCUGCCGUGUCUGGCUGUACACCCGGCUACCUGAACAGGGAGGGCCAAUCGGACGAAAUGUCGAUGGAGGAGAAGAUGACAGCGGCGAGACUCUCUCCUUGGUGUCGUGGCAUUGCAGACUUCAACAACUUGAUUGAAGACUGGCGGGCAGAGGGAAAGCUGGAGGGAUUGGAAGUGAGCGCACGAGGCUGAACGAGUAGAU